CCCCGCUCCGCUCUCUCCACUGCCAAGGCGGAGAGAUGCGCACACCGAGGACACCGCAGCGAAGAAAUGCGCACAGCUCCGAGCCGAACCCGGCUAUAGCGGCACCUCCCAGCAACCCCGACCCGUCUCCCAACACCAUGGGUCACAGGGAAUAUGGCUAACUUUGACACACUUUGCAUGUCACGGGGAAAAAAUGCGGUCUGGAGCGCUGUGCCGCCGAGCGGCUGAAUUGAGAGCACAAUAACACAAGAGACUUGAGAGAAGGAGGGUGGGAGGAGGAGGAGGAGGUGUGGGGUGGGGGGGAGACCUGAUUCCAGUCAUUUCUAUCCCAGCUUCUCUCCCCACUUUGGCUUUGAGAGAUGAUCACGGAGCUGGUGUGCACCGCCGUGGCAGUGGGUCUCUAUCUGAACACGCUGGACGCGGAUUUCUGCUACGAUGACAGCCGAGCCAUUAAGACCAACCAGGACCUUCUUCCUGAGACUCCGUGGACCAACAUCCUGUCUGACGACUUUUGGGGCACCCUGCUCACUCACAGCGGCAGCCACAAGUCCUACCGUCCGCUCUGCACCCUCUCCUUCCGCCUCAACUACACCCUGCAUGCCCUGCGUCCCUGGGGCUACCACCUGCUGAACGUGGUGCUGCACGGGCUGGUCACCGCCCUCUUCACGGCCUUCAGUCGCCCGCUUCUCGGCGGAGGACUGUGGAGCCUGCUGGCCGGCCUACUUUUUGCCUCUCACCCGGUUCACACUGAAGCGGUCGCUGGUGUGGUUGGGAGGGCGGACGUUGGCGCCGCACUGUUCUUUUUGCUGUCUCUCCUCUGCUAUGCGAGGCACUGUGGACUUCGCAGGGACCCACGUGGGACUUUUCCGACCAGGCGAUGUGGCGGCAGCUCAGUCAGCUGGUGCUGGGGCUGGAUGCUGGGCAGCCUGUGGUGUGCGGCAGCCAGCAUGCUGUGGAAGGAGCAGGGGGUGACGGUGCUGGCCGUGUCGGUUGUGUACGACCUCUUCGUGUUCCAGAGACUCCGGUUGCGCCAGGCGCUUCUCCUCCUGCUAGGAAAGAAAAAGAACGUCAGUGUUUUGCUGAGUCUCGGCGUCCUGGCUUCCUGGGGAGUGAUCCUGCUGUCUGCUCGCCUCUACUGGAUGGGUAAUAAGCCUCCCAACUUCUCCAACUCUGACAACCCUGCGGCUGACUCGCCACAUUUUCUCACUCGAACACUAACGUUCCUUCACCUGCCGGUCGCCAACGCCUGGCUGCUCCUCUGCCCCGACAAGCUCAGUUUCGAUUGGUCCAUGGACGCUGUGCCCUUGGUCAGGUCCUUGGCCGACUGGAGGAACCUUCACACUGUUGCCUUUUAUGGUGGAUUUGUCCUCCUGAGUUUGUUUGGCCUCCGCGGCCCCACCUCCACAUCCAAGGAGACCAAUGGGAAAGCCUAUGUCACUAAUGGGAAAUCAAUCACCAAUGGGAAUGGUUACCAUGCCCCUGACACAAACCAUAACACAGACCAGGGGCCACCAAAGACCACCCUUAACGGGUCAGCUGGAGUCCACCACUUCCCUCCACGGACGUCCCUGCCCCCCACAGAAAACCUAGUACUAUUAUCAUUAGGGAUCGUCUCAUUGCCUUUCUUCCCAGCCACAAACCUGUUCUUUUAUGUAGGUUUUGUUAUUGCAGAGAGGGUACUGUACAUCCCCAGUAUAGGCUUUUGUUUACUGGUUGCUGCUGGUGCAAGAAACUUGUACGUCAGACUGAGGACUAGAGGCUGCAAGGCCUUCAUGUUGUGUCUCUGUGCGGGACUAGUGCUGCUGAAUGGACUCAGAACUGUUCAAAGAAACAGGGACUGGAGCAACGAGGAGAAUCUCUACAAGUCUGGGAUUAGUGUGAAUCCUGCUAAAGCCUGGGGAAACUUGGGGAACGUACUAAAGAACCAGGGCAAGAUGGCGGAGGCAGAGAAGGCAUACAGAAACGCUCUGCACCACCGAGGGAACAUGGCCGACAUGCUGUAUAACCUUGGCUUGCUGCUGCAGGAGAAUGAGCGUUUUUCUGAAGCACUGCAUUAUUACAAACUGGCGAUUGGGAGUCGGCCAACACUGGCAUCGGCCUACUUGAACACAGGAAUCAUCCUGAUGAACCAGGGCAACCUGGAGGAGGCCAAACGCACCUUUCUGACUUGUGCCGACAUUCCAGAUGAGAACUUGAAGGACCCCCACGCCCACAAGACCUCCGUCACCAGCUGCCUGUACAACCUGGGAAAACUGCUCCAUGAACAGGGCCAGCAGGAGGAGGCGCUGUCUGUUUAUAAGGAAGCGGUACAGAAAAUGCCCAGACAGUUUGCACCGCACAGCCUUUUCAACAUGAUGGGAGAGGCCUACAUGAGGCUGAACAGGCUGGAGGAAGCAGGUCGCUGGUACAAAGAGUCCCUCAGGGCCAAGCCCGACCAUAUCCCAGCCCACCUUACGUAUGGCAAACUCCUGUCCAUCAAUGGGCAGAAGACAGAAGCAGAGAAGUACUUCCUGAGAGCUAUUCAAAUAGACCCGACGAAAGGAAACUGCUACAUGCACUAUGGCCAGUUCCUGCUGGAACAGUCUCGUCUUGGCGAGGCGGCGCAGAUGGCGGAGAGAGCUGCAGAGCUGGACAGCUCAGAGUUUGAUGUGGUCUUCAGUGCUGCUCACAUGCUCAGACAGGCCAGUCUUAAUGAGGCAGCAGAGAGGCAGUAUGAGCGGGCAGCCAGCCUCAGACCAGAUUACCCGGCUGCUCUGAUGAACCUUGGUGCCAUCCUCCACCUGAAUGGGAAACUUCCCGAAGCGGAGGCCAACUACCUGCGCGCGCUCCAGCUCAAACCCGAUGAUGUCAUUACCCAGUCCAACCUGCGGAAGCUGUGGAACAUCAUGGAGAGGCAGGGACUCAGGAUCAAGCGUGGGCUCGGGAUGCAGAACAGCGGCCUUUGAACUGAGAAAGUUGCUCCACUGUUUCCCUUCGUGAUGCGUCCUGCAGGGAGUGAAGCAGGACGGGAUGAGAAAGAGCUGGAGGCGAAAAAAGCUCUCUCUACGAGACAACAAAGACUACUUCUUUAGAGAUGUGUCCCCGUGAUGCUUGUUGAAGACAGUUUGAGGCUUGGCAUGUUUGGGAUUCAAGGGUGUAAGAAGUCUGCCCAAUAAUACGUCACCACCAGCACUGUAUGGUGGCUCAAAUGACUCAUGUUACCUUUAUUAUUACAUUCUAAAAAGCAAUGCUUAAUGUCUUUAAAAGAUGCACUGAAAUCAAAGGCAAAUAAUUGCAAAGGUCCAAAAGAAAAAAAGCUCUCAAAGAUCAGAUGGUUAUGAUUUCACUAUCAUUAAAAAUCUGGGUAUGUUUUAAAGCACUUCAUUCGAAAGAGGAUGUAGAAAAAAUAUUUAAAUCUGCACUGAUGAAUGAUGCCAGCUGGUUUGUGUUGAAGGUGACUCCACCGAUUUUACACUGCGAGUACCACUUGGGAGUACCACUACCACACGUAAAAAACAUUCUUUUGUGGCUGCAGAGAGAGCUGCAAUGUCUGAUCAAUUUCCUCAAGUGAUGUCACUUGAGUCAGGGUCGUUGCCGCUACAGACUGCAAGUUCAAAAAUGAAUCGUGACGUUGGAAAGAAGUGAGCUUAACAGACUCCUCACCUCUGCUUGAGGGUAGCGGCUUGAAGCUACGUUAGCUGCUACAAGCACAACACGCCAGAAAUUCUGUCCUACCUGUCGGCGGUCACGUUGCAUUGUGGGUAAUGUAGGUGCUAGGUUUUGACAAGAAAGUAGAAUGUGCGAAAUAAAUAAAAGACAAAAUCUCUGGUUCUGCUGCAUUCAUUUGAUCCUCUUUUUCUUUUAAACUGUCUAUCGUGAGUCCAACAAUGUGGAGUACUCUUUUAUAACACCGUGAUUAAUUACCCCCAGGGUGCUCUCGCCUUCAACUUUUACUCUUAAUAAAUGCAUCACAUUAAAAGCAUGCUAGUGCUAAGGCAUCUUCAGGUACCACCCUUGAAUACAGUGCUUUUGAAUAAGUUGCUCCAACCAAUUAAAAGAGCAGGUUAAAGCAUAAUGCAUAUAGCCAAUUUACAUUCUGUUGUCUGAGUCACUGAAGAUUGUUCGCACCUGGUGCAGUGUCAAUGCUUUGUGACUGUAAACAUGAGAACAUGAGUUCAUGGGAAGCUUCCUCAGCGGUGCCAAAGCUUGUCCUGAGUCUUCACGCCUCUCGUGCCAAGCAAGAACUGAAAUGUGUCGUGUUCCUUGUAUCAAACGAAGAUGUUUCAUUUCACGUGAUCAAACUUUAUUUAUUAAUACGUGUUGUUUUGUGUGAAGAAGCCAACACUGUGCCGUCACUGUCACGGUAGCCACGCCCCCUCUGAUUUUUUCCACAUAGAUAGGCUACAGUAUGCAACAUUUUUUCAUGUGUAUUUUUCUUCUCUCUGCUCAGGGACAUCAGGU